AUGGAAUUGGUGAAAAUGGGUGGACAACAUGUACGAGUCGAAGUGGACCAUUUGCAUGGAUAUAUUAUUUCAUACUGGGAUAAUACAGUAAAUGGAUUAAAAGUUAUUACUGACUAUGUUACCAAUCUAUUCAAUAUUGAUGUAUCAGAAAUCUGGGCUUCGAAGCAAUCUCUCCAUAUGAUUGAAUGGGUGAACAGUAGACAAAAGACACCAUUAAGAAACGUUAGUUUUGCGGACUCCAGUACUACCGCAGCAUCAGAAGAAGAGAUGACAUAUAUUCUGAAAGACUGCCGUCCGAUCUCUCGAUUAGGCAUACAUCUAAAGCCUCCUAAAAACUUUCGGUUCACGGGAAAGUUCCCAAAAAUCGAUUGCUUGGAAAUCAGUGAUGGAAAAUGGGUGACACUUGACAAUCUGCUGACAAUGGAUGGAAUCGAUAUUGUUCUGAGAUCAUCUACUCUCACUAACACUGAUUUGAUUAACUUUCUCAGGCACUGGCUAUCUGGAGGGUGCCCCCGAUUGAAGCUAUUUAGCGCCGCAACUGGUUCUCUGGAUAUCUUACAUGUACGCGAUGGUUUACUUCCUAAUCCUGUUCUUGUGGAGGAUAGGCGAGACUACACCAGCCCAUUUGGAUACAGGAGAACCUUGCCAUUUGGAAUCGAUGUAAAACGUGCGGAUGGUGUGACUGCUACAGUAUGCAAACAAGUGAAUGGAACCUUGAUUAUUGCAGUUUGGCCAGAGACCACUUAUAAUAAUUAA